GGCGGUGCGGGCGGCUGCCUGACAGCUGUGAGCCGAGCGGGUGGCGCGGGCAGGUCCACGGGAAGCCUACACGCCCAAGCAGGUCAUGCCCUGACCACAGCUGCCCUUCAGGAGCCUGGCACAGAGCCACCUGGGGUCAUCGGGCUGUUUGUCAAGGGUGGAGCAGCAGCAACUUGCCUUCUUCCAUGAGCCCAGACAAAGCCUCCACUGGGCGCUCAGCAGAAGAGAAACCCUGCGGAAGCCAGAGUCAAGAGUGCUGGGAUCCAGCAGAAGUGCCUGCAGAAUCCAGCCAAGGUGUGCUGCCUCCUCUCCUGCCAGGUGUGUGGCUGGACACGAGUCUUGCUGAUGGUGGCAUUCAAAUCACCAGUGGCCAAAGUACCUUUCAGGUGUGAAGAGUUGCAGGCCCUCCGAGGAGCUGGGAGCUGCAAGGUUCUGAAAAAGACUUCAAGAAACUGACUAAUCUGGAUGGCCACCCCUGAUGGAAGGGUAGUCUCCAGACCCCAGAGACCUGGUCAGGGGUCUGGCCAGAAGCCGAAGGGGAGUGGAGCCUGCCUGCAUCCCCUGGACAGCCUGGAGCAGAGGGAGACUCAGGAGCAGGCGCUGGGCCAGCUAGCCAUGCUGAGGAAGGCACAGGAAUUCUUUCAGACCUGUGAUGCUGAAGGCAAAGGCUUCAUCGCCAGGAGGGACAUGCAGAGGCUGCAUAAGGAGCUACCGCUCAGUCUGGAGGAACUGGAGGAUGUGUUUGAUGCCCUGGAUGCUGAUGGCAAUGGCUAUCUGACCCCAGAGGAGUUCACUACUGGAUUUAGUCACUUCUUCUUCAGCCAGAAUAACCCAAGUCAGGAAGAUGCAGGUGAGCAGGUGGCCCAACACCACGAAGAGCAGGUGUAUCAGUCCAGAGGGGAGGAGGGUCUGGGAGACAUGGAUGAAGACGAGGAAGCCCAGUUCCAGAUGCUGAUGGACAGACUUGGAGCCCAGAAGGUUUUGGAAGAUGAAAGUGAUGUCAAGCAGCUCUGGCUGCAGCUGAAGAAGGAUGAGCCUCAUUUACUAUCCAACUUUGAAGAUUUCCUGACCAGAAUCUUCUCUCAGCUCCAAGAAGCCCAUGAGGAGAAGAAUGAACUGGAGUGUGCCCUAAAAAGGAAAAUUGCGGCUUAUGAUGAAGAAAUCCAGCAUCUCUAUGAGGAGAUGGAACAACAAAUCAAAAACGAGAAGGAGCAGUUUCUUCUGAAGGACACAGAGAGGUUUCAAGCCCGCAGUCAAGAGCUGGAGCAGAAACUGUUAUGUAAGGAGCAGGAGCUGGAGCAGCUCACCCAGAAGCAGAAAAGGCUGGAAGGUCAGUGCACAGCCCUGCAUCAUGACAAGCAUGAGACCAAGGCUGAGAAUAACAAGCUGAAACUCACUAACCAGGAGCUGGCCCGGGAGCUGGAGCGGACCUCCCAGGAGCUCCAGGAAGCUCAGCAGCAGCUGGAAAGCCUCCAGCAAGAGGCCUGCAAACUCCACCAGGAGAAGGAGAUGGAAGUGUACCGCGUGACGGAGAGUCUACAGCGCGAGAAGGCCGGGCUCCUCAAGCAGCUGGAUUUCCUAAGGGAAAGGAACAAGCACCUUCGGGAUGAACGGGACAUACAUUUUCAGAAAGACAAGGCAGCCAAGGCAAACACAGCUGCUUCCAAGGCAAGCUGGAAAAGAAGAUCUGGCUCCGUGAUAGGCAAAUAUGUGGAUGGCAGAGGGAUUCUUAGGAGCCAGUCAGAGGAGGAGGAGGAGGAGGUGUUUGGCAUCCCAAGGAGAAGCUCCCUGGGCCUGAGUAGAUAUCCCCUAACAGAAGAGGAGCCAGGAACCGGGGAGACAGGGCCUGGGGGUCCAUACCCCCGGCCACUCCGCAGAAUCAUCUCCAUUGAAGAAGACCCCCUGCCCCAGCUCCUGGAUGGCGACCUUGAGCAACCCCUGAGCAGAUGCCCAGAAGAGGAAGAGGUCUCUGACCAGGGGGGACAGGGACAAAUCCAGGAGGCCCCGCCCUUGAAACUCACCCCCACAUCUCCCCGAGGGCAGCCUGUUGGAAAAGAAGCCCUGUGUAAGGAGGAAAGCGCUCCCUCUGCCCCUGACCGGCUCUUCAAGAUUGUGUUUGUGGGCAAUGCCGCGGUGGGGAAGACAUCCUUCCUGAAGAGCUUCUGUGAGGACCGGUUCUCCCCAGGCAUGGCGGCCACUGUGGGCAUUGAUUACCGUGUGAAGACGGUGAAUGUGGAUGACUCGCAGGUGGCCCUGCAGCUGUGGGACACGGCUGGGCAGGAGAGGUACCGGUGCAUCACCCAGCAGUUCUUCAGAAAGGCUGAUGCUGUCAUCAUCAUGUACGAUCUCACAGCCAAGCAGUCAUUCCUGUCGGUCCGGCGGUGGCUGAGCAGCGUGGAGGAAGCUGUAGGAGACCAGGUUCCUGUUCUUCUGCUGGGUAAUAAGCUUGACAAUGAGCAGGAGCGGGAAGUUCCCCGGGGCCUCGGAGAGCAGCUUGCCAAGGAGAACAAUCUGAUCUUCUAUGAAUGUAGCGCCUACUCUGGUCACAAUACCAAAGAGUCCCUGCUCCAUCUAGCCAGGUUCCUCAAGGAACAGGAAGACACCGUGAGAGAGGACACCAUUCAGGUCAGCCGCCCCACUAAGAAGAAAUCCUGCUGUGGCUGAUAGGGUCCUAUCAGGACUGCCCCCAGCAAGCCUGAGGUCACAGAACCUGCCCUGAUCCUGCACGUGGCUCCUGCACAGAUGCCGCCCACUGGGGUCCGCCCAGUCCUUUUCUUUGUCAGUCACUCGCCUCCCCCAAAAGGAAGGGAGGCACAUCCCAUCAGGAGAGCUGCUCUUGGAGCACCUCGGAGUCUUUUCUCUCCUUUCUGUUU